AUGAUCACCUGCGACCCCCUGAAGGAUCCAUCGGGGCCAGAACAGAGCAGCGGGGUGGGGUGUUGUUUUACUUUGAGGAUGGAUGGCCAAAGGAGUACUCUGACCCCAACAGCAUCCCCCACUCCUCUGCCUCACAUUAUCACCUACUCCGUUUUAAGAGUGGCAAGGUUCCGCUGGAUCACGGCAUCCCUCACAAGGCUGCGCUUUGUGGUGCAUGCAGAUGCUUCAGUCACGCUGCACGGCCACAGUCUGAACGCAGAAAGCAGUCUGCCAGAGAGGAACCUGUGGGAGAAUCUCAUGAACCAGUGCAUUUCCCCGUAUCGCCUAAAACCUCCACGUUGUGGACUUUUCCAUGCAGGGUGCAUCGUGUUUUCACCAGAAAAAAUCCCGUUUGAGUUCCUUGGUGGCUUUGGCACCUUCUGCCAGUACCUUGUGGACAACCACGCGGGCCUGAUGCACAAAGGCGACAAAGGCAUCGACAACACGGGCACCCGCUGCCUGUGGUUUCUCCAGACCUUUCUGUUCGGCAUCACCUCCCUGGGCCUGCUCCUCAAGUACGACCCCAAGCGCCCCAAACAGCACUGA